UUAACAGCUAGCAUGAAGAAGAACAUUUUCUUAUUCUUUUUUCUCUUUAUAAUUAAAUUUUAUAUAUCACUUGCUUCCUCAUAUAAGACAGACCAACAAGCUCUAUUAUCUUUUGAAAAUCUUGUUACAAGUCCCAGUCAUUUAUUGGUCAAUAAUUGGACCAUAAAUACUUGUUUUUGCUCUUGGUUUGGUGUCACUUGCAAUUCAAAAAGGCAAAGGGUUGUGGCCUUGGCUCUUCCUAAUUUGCAACUUCAAGGCACAAUUUCCCCGUCUUUGGUCAAUUUGACCUUUCUCAGAGAGCUAAAUCUUGGGAACAACUUCUUCCGCGGUGAAAUUCCUUAUGGAAUUGGCCACUUGCCUCGCUUGAGAGUCGUUGAUAUUCAAAAUAAUCAGCUCCAAGGAAGUAUUCCAACAAGCCUAUUUCAGCACCGGACAGUUCGAAAGAUUUCAUUGGCUUUCAAUAAACUCAACGGUGAAAUGUGGAAAGGUCCAUGGUAUGUACCCAAACUUAGAGACUUAAAUCUACGGAAUAAUAGUCUCACGGGUAUAAUCCCUCCUUAUGUUGCAAAUGCCACAAAAUUGAUGAACUUAGAUUUGUCUGGGAAUAGAAUCAAUGGUAGCAUUCCAAUGGAGAUUGGUAAUAUUACCCAACUUACAGAGUUGUUCUUGGACGACAAUGAAUUAACAGGUCUCAUUCCUGCAACACUGUUUAAUAUCUCAUCGCUACUUAAGGUAGCGCUUGGAAUCAAUAGCCUUUUUGGUCCUCUCUUGCUGGAUGAAGGAAUUACUGUCUCAAAUCUGAAGUUUUUAAGCAUAUCUAACAACCAAAUUUCUGGUUGCAUUUCUUCAAACAUAUGCCAACUCACAGAGCUCAAAGUUUUGUCCAUAUCUUUCAACAACAUGACAGGAAACAUACCAAGAAAUAUUGAUUGUUUAUCCAAGCUCGAGGGGUUUUAUAUUGGAGAUAAUCCAAUAGAAGGGACUAUUCCCACUUCAUUGGGCAAUAUUUCCACUCUCCAAUAUCUUUAUUGUGGAAACAAUCGCAUAGUGGGACAAAUUCCUCCGGAAUUAGGGAAGCUAUCAAAUUUGAGGGAAUUGAGCUUCGACUCUAAUGAUAAUCUUAUUGGUCGAAUUCCAGAGGCUAUUUUCAACAUAUCUUCUUUGGAAAUCAUUGAUUUCAGUUUCAAUAAUCUCUCUGGUAGAAUUCCAACCACUACAGGUCUUCAUCUUCCAAACCUUAAAGGACUUGACUUGGGAGUCAAUCAGCUAGAAGGGGAAAUUCCAUUGUUCAUAACAAAUGCUUCAAAGCUUGAGAUAUUGUCACUAGUAGAAAACUUUCUCACAGGAACUAUUCCUACUAAUUUGGGAAAUCUUCGUAAGUUGCUAUCAUUGUUCCUACAUUCUAAUCAACUUACCAAUGAACCAAGAGAACAUGAGUUGCGAUUCUUCAAUUCUUUGGCGGACUGUAGAAUGUUGAAAUAUUUACAAGUGGGUUUCAAUCCAUUGAAUGGCGUUCUUCCCAAUUCAAUUGGGAAUCUGUCAUCUACUAUUGAAAACUUUGAAAUAGGAGAUUCACACAUCAAUGGUCUCAUCCCGACAAGUAUAGGCAACAUGAGUGGACUUACAACCCUAUCCUUUGAAGAAAACAGCUUCAGUGGGAGUAUUCCUUCUGAGAUUGGUUCAAUUAAACAACUCCAAGGGCUGUCUCUAUUUAAUAAUAAAUUGGAGGGACAUAUUCCAGAGGCGGUAUGCCAUUUAUCUAAGUUGGUUCAAUUAUUUCUGGAUGGUAAUGAGCUCUCUGGAUUAAUUCCAGAAUACUUAGGAAAUCUUAGCAUGCUACAACAUUUUUAUUUAGGUUCUAAUAAAUUAUCAUCAACAUUUCCGUUGAGACUUUGGAAUAUGAGUGGUCUUCUCUAUCUAGACGUGUCAGAGAAUUCAAUCGAGGGACAAGUUCCAUCAGAUAUUGGAGGACUGAAAGCCAUUGUAGAACUACAUCUUUCCAGUAACCAAUUUUCAGGCAUGAUACCAAGCCAAUUAGGGGAUCUCCAAAACUUGAAGUCUCUUGACUUGUCGAACAAUUCGUUUUCAGGCUCAAUUCCAUUAUCCUUUGCCAACUUGAUAAGCUUGGAAUUCUUGAAUUUGUCUUUAAAUGCAUUGUCAGGUAUUAUUCCUAUGUCUUUGGAAAAACUUUCAUCCCUUAAAAGCAUUAAUGUUUCAUUUAAUGGUUUAGAAGGUGUAAUACCUAGUGGUGGUGUGUUUUCAAAUUCCACUCUACAAUCAUUUCUCGGGAACAAAGGUCUAUGUGGAAUGCACAUAUUGGAGAUUCCUGCUUGCGCUAUCACUAAUCCGGGAAAACAAUCAAAGCUUAAGGAGGUUGUGCUAAAAAUUGUUACUCCGGUGAUUAUUUCAUCCUUUCUAAUAUUCUUGUUGGUUUCAAUUUGGAUAAUGAAACGAAAGAAGAAAGGAAAGUCGAAGGAUGUCGAAAAUGUACCAGAGAUCAAGGCUCAUCAAUUAGUUUCUUAUCACGAGAUUCAACGAGCAACAAAUAAAUUUGAUAGGUCAAAUUUAAUUGGUGAAGGCAGCUCUGGCUCUGUGUACAAAGGCACAUUAUCUAGUGGAUCUGUGGUGGCAAUAAAGGUUCUGGAUUUGGAAAAUGAGCAAGUAUGCAAGAGGUUUGAUACCGAAUGUGAAGUGAUGAGAAAUGUUAGACACAGAAAUCUUGUUCCUGUGAUUACUACUUGUUCUAGUGACUAUAUAAGAGCCUUCGUUCUGAAAUAUAUGUCCAACGGGAGCCUUGAGAAUUGGUUGUACAGAGAAGAGUCCCACUUGAACCUACUCCAAAGAGUCACUAUAAUGCUUGAUGUGGCUGUGGCAGUCGAAUAUCUACACCAUGGUCAUAACACUUCGAUAGUUCAUUGCGACCUAAAGCCUGCCAAUGUUCUUUUGGAUGAAGAUAUGGUCGCUCAUGUAGGUGAUUUUGGAAUCUCUAAGAUUUUAGUCGUAAGCAAGUCCAUGGCACAUACAGAGUCAUUGGGCACUCUUGGGUAUAUUGCACCAGAAUAUGGCUUAGAAGGAAUAGUGUCUGCUAGUGGUGAUGUUUACAGUUACGGCAUCAUGUUGAUGGAGGUUUUGACGAAAAGAAGGCCAACGGAUGAAGAGAUAUGCAAUGAAAAUCUUGAUAUGAGGAAAUGGAUCACACAAUCAUUUUUAGGGAGUAUGAUGGACGUUGUGGAUGCCAAUAUUUUCUCUGAGGAAGAACAAAUCACUUGUAAAAGUGAAAUGUGCAUAGCCUCCAUGAUAGAAUUGGCUUUAGACUGCACAACGGAAAAGCCAGAAUCAAGAAUAACCAUGAAAGAUGUAGUCAAGAGGCUUAACAAAAUCAAGAACACAUGGGCCACGAGCGUUUAGCAUAGAAGUUAGCAUCCUCUUGCGGUGAUGUUCUUUUCUGAGCUACAAGUUAACAUGUUUCUUUAGUCGCUUGUACUACCUGUAGUGUUUUCACUUGCUUUGAAUGUUUGAAUAAACUAGAAUUAAAUUAACAAGUUGAAUAUUAUUAUUUGUACUUCUUUUUCCAGCCGUGUUGUGGAAUUUGUUAACCCCAA